AUGGCAUCCUCUGCUUCCGUGAAUACCCCGCGCUACUUGACUGGCGACAAGGCCGGGAUCCGCGAGUUCCUGGACAAGUUCGAUGUCUUUCUAUUCGACUGCGACGGUAUGUGCCUUGUCUUCUCUUUCGAGCCCGGCCUUCUCUCCGCUCUGCGCAUUCCGCAAGGCACUUCGGAACAAACAGGGACUAAGAUAAGAUCGGUUGAGACUUUGGAAUUACUACGGAAGAACGGCAAGCAGGUUGUCUUCGUGACCAACAACAGCACCAAGUCCCGCGCAGACUACAGGAAGAAGCUUGAGAGUCUUCAGAUCCCAAGCACAGUGGAAGAGAUCUUCUCAUCAUCGUACAGCGCCUCAAUCUACAUCUCCCGCAUCCUCAAGCUCCCCGAGAACAAGCGAAAGGUCUUCGUAAUCGGCGAGAACGGGAUCGAGCAAGAACUCAGCUCCGAGAAUGUCCCCUUCAUUGGCGGCACAGACCCUGCCUACCGUCGCGACAUCAAGCCCGAGGACUACAAGAUGAUCGCUGCAGGUGACGAGUCUCUGCUUGACCCAGAGGUCGGCGUCGUCCUCGUUGGCCUCGAUUUCCACAUAAACUACUUCAAGAUCGCUCUUGCCUACCACUAUAUCAAGCGCGGAGCCGUGUUCCUCGCAACGAACAUCGAUUCGACAUUGCCCAACUCGGGCACCCUCUUCCCCGGCGCAGGAUCCAUGAGCGCUCCUUUGAUCAUGAUGCUCGGUGGCCAGGAGCCGGUUGCCCUAGGUAAGCCGAACCAGGCGAUGAUGGAUUCAAUUGAGGGGAAAUUCAAGUUCGAUCGCAGCCGUGCGGUGAUGGUUGGAGACCGUGCGAACACGGAUAUUCGAUUUGGUCUGGAAGGUAAGCUCGGGGGCACUUUGGGUGUUUUGACUGGCGUGAGCUCGAAACAGGACUUUGUAGAGGGCCCUGUCCGGCCUCAUGCUUACUUGGAUAAACUAUCAGAUCUCUUGGUAUUAGAUUCGUAA